UUUUGCAAAGCUUUAGUCCAAUUCAGCAGGCUGGGACAUUUUUAAACCACAAGACCUUCAUAAUUUUGCUUCUCUAAUAUGACUCAACUAGCUUGCUAGCUAACUAGCAAGCUAACAUAUGUGGCUGACUAAUGUUGCCAGCUUCCUACCUAGCUUGCUAGUAUUUUUAGCUGGCUAGUAAACAUAUUCCGACUUGCUGUACAUAGCUGUUGCUUAAAGGUAUACCAUUUAAUGCAAAGUUCAAAACAUAAAAUAUGUAAACAGUUAAAAAUGUAAACGGACAGAUAGAAUUAACCUGUCUACAGGAACUAGAUUGGCUCAGUGAAGAACUGACAACAAUGGCAACAGGUCUUCCUCCUAACUUCUCUUGGGUUGAACCUCAGAAAUUAGCUGGCCUGGCAAUGCCACGAAUGCCAGCCCACUAUCAAUACCUACUUAGUAAUGGUAUUAAACACUUAGUCUGUUUGUCUGAGCGAAAGCCCCCUUACCAUGACUCUUGUCCAGAGCUGACACUGCAUCACAUCAGAAUACAUGACUUCUGUGCUCCAACCUUUGAUCAAAUCAAACGCUUCUUGGCCAUUGUUGAAGAGGCCAAUUUCAAAGGAGAGGGUGUUGCAGUGCAUUGUUUACUUGGCUUUGGAAGAACUGGGACUAUGCUGGCCUGCUACUUGGUGAAGACCAGGAAAAUCAGUGGAAUUGAUGCCAUUAAUGAAAUUAGGAGGAUACGACGCGGUUCUAUUGAAACUCAAGAACAAGAGCAAAUUGUGGUGCAGUUUUACCAGCAAAUUAAAUACUAAACCUGAAAAUACUUAAUAAAGUUUAACUACACAGAG